UCCCCUACUAAAAAUAUUCAAACUAUAUUAUAAAAACUUUGCAUAAUUAUUUUCUUAGCUACCACAUGGAGUGCUACAACAACACUUUCUCAUAUUCUUCAGGGUCAUCUUCAAAAACAAAGGAGAAAAAGGAAAAGGGUGUGAAAAAAAUCAAAACCAAAAGAUCAUCGGUGAAACUUUCAACUGAUCCACAAAGUAUUGCUGCUAGAGAAAGAAGGCAUAGAAUCAGUGACAGGUUUAAGAUUCUUCAGAGUAUGGUUCCUGGUGGGAAUAAAUUGGAUACUGUUUCUAUGUUGGAAGAAGCUAUUCAUUAUGUUAAGUUUCUUAAGACACAGAUUUUGCUUCACCAAACAAUGAUUAACUUUGUUGAUGAUUUUGAUGAGUCAUCAUCACAUAUGUUGCUUCCUCAAGAUAAUUAUUAUUCACCAAAUGAUAACAUUGUUCAGCAUAACACUUUUGGUUCAGUUGAGUCUAUGCAGAAUUUGCCACAGUUACCACCAGAUCAGUUCUGUUUUCAAGGUGAUCAAGAUACCAAAACCAUGUUUAAUAUCACUAUGAAAUAUUAAUUAAUUAGCCACCUUAAUUAAUUAGUGUUUCUAUUUUAAGUUUUUUUUUUCUUCUACUAGUUAUAUUAAUUAGAUGUGAACUUUUGUAAGGGUUAAAAUGAUAUUCCAUUUGGUCAUUAUUAUAAGUAAAAGUUCACUUUUUAAGGUUAUUGAUAACUGAUGUAUCUGGUUUAUAAUAUAAGUCAGAUACAUAAAUUUUUCAAUGAAUCUAAAAGGUUAGUUUUUUGUUUAUAAUAAUGACCGGAAGAAGUAUAUAUUCUAUGAGUUAGUGAGUAAUGAUAUUAAUGUAGUGAAAGUUGAAUGUAGAUUUUGCAUGUAAUUGUUGUUGCAAACUAGUGAAGAGUCUUUGUCUAUCAAAAAACAAUUUUAUGUAGUAUGUGCCAAUAUGCUCAUGUAUG